AUGGCAGAAAGCUCAGGUCCUUCGAGCGAUGGGCCAGUGAACCUGCUUGCCCUUGACGGAGGUGGCAUUCGCGGUCUAUCGGAGCUGCUUAUCCUCCAUGAAGCCAUGAGGCGUAUCCAAUACGACCUGGGGCUUGAAGAACUUCCUCGCCCGUGUGACUAUUUUCAUCUCAUUGGCGGCACCAGUACUGGAGGUCUCAUUGCUCUACUUCUUGGCCGGUUCCGCAUGUCAACCGAGGAAGCCCUUCGCAUCUACAAUGAGAUUGCUGGCUCGAUCUUCUGCAAGGGCAACAAAAAACCCUCGUUCAAGGAUGGGACUUUCAAGGCCACGACAUUGAAGAACGCAGUGCGCGAAUUGGUGACGAGAACGAAUGUCGGAAGCUCUAUGCUACACCCAUCUGAAUCGGGAGAAAUGGGGAAAGCUUUUGUAUGCGCGAUGCCGGCAAGAAACAUGGAGCAUCCACGACUGUUUCGAACUUAUCGCGUACGAGAAAACGCGAGCGUCAACUGCGAGAUCUGGGAAGCAGCCCGCGCUACUACGGCAGCACCGACAUUCUUCAAACGAGUCACCAUCGGCGAGCUAGGUCAAGUCAAGGAAGAGUUCAUUGACGGGGGGGUUAGAUGCAAUAACCCAGCAGAUGAAGUUCUAGAAGAGGCCAGAAGGGUCUUCGGUGACGACAGAAUGCUCAACUGCCUUGUCAGCAUUGGGACUGGCCACCCUGGCGUGAUUGGUCUGUCUAAGCCUGAUGUGUUCCAACGACUUCUCCCGACAGAGCUUAUUAACGCUCUAAAGCAGAUCGCCACAGAUUGUGAAAAGAAGUCGAAAGAGCUGAGUUCACGCUUCCAAAACAUCGAAAGCCUGUACUUUCGUUUCAAUGUGUCUCACGGUCUUGGAGAAGUCUCACUUGAGGAGUGGAAAAAGAUGCCAGAGGUUCAGACGCAUACCAGUGCCUAUUUAGCGAAUAGUGGUGUUUCUAGCAGCAUGAACGAAUUGAUCAGUCUGCUCAAGAAUCCUCGGAAAGAAGGGGGCUAUGCAUUGAGGUCCACACGCGGUAUCCUCCCAAAGUCUCGCCCACGUUCAACCCCUCGGGUGCCGAUUAGAUCAAGGCCAGAGACCAGUCCAAUCUUUACCGGGAGAGAGCAGAUCCUGGCUCGACUGGAAGCAUUUUUCAAUGCUCAAUCCGGGCAGAGGCUACAAAGAAAGGAGCUCCUAUUGUAUGGGAUGGGUGGGGCUGGGAAGACCCAAAUCUCGUUGAAAUUUGCCGAACGGAACAUUCAGCGCUUCAAACAUAUUUUCUGGAUCGAUGGCAGCAGCGCAGCCACUGUAGAGCAGUGCUUCAAGGAUAUCGCGGCUGAGAACUGCCCAGAUGUUUCCAGUGCAGAAGCAUCUGCUCAAUCGGCGUUUCUAUGGCUAGGAAGGCUGACCGAAGAAUGGCUGUUAUUGUUCGACAACGUCGAGGACUUCAAGUUGGCCUCAGAAGCCCUGCCAAGACACAACGGCAACGUCAUCUAUACGAGUAGGAAUCCCGAGGGAUACUUUUCCUUGCCCGAGGGAGCACAUCAUGAAGUCGGUGAGAUGGACGAAGUGGAGGCUCUUCAACUCCUCUCCAGUGCCAGGCGUUUACGAAAACCUGUUCACCGAGAGGAGGAGGAGCACACCAAGAAAUUAGUGGUAGAGCUUGGCUACUUACCGUUGGCAAUCGACCAGGCCGGCGCUUACAUGGCCACUCGUUCUUGCAGCGCACAGGACUAUCUCCGACGCUUUGACCGAAAGCGGGUGGAGCUGAUGCAAAAGCAAUCGUACCAGAGAGCAUCAUCCCACGACCAGGCUGUGUACGCCACUUGGGACGUAUCUUAUGCCACUUUAGAGCAAGUCAGAGACAAUGAGACCGACGUAGAGCAGAGAAAGGUGGCACAAGCGGCAAUACAUAUCCAAGGGGUAUUUGCUAUGCUGCAUAGAGAAAAUAUCAUGAAGGAAAUCUUUCGGCGUGCUGCAGAAUUGGGUAAAUUCCAAGAAGACUUGGGCGAAACCGUCGAACAAGGACAAGCUCAACAUCUCGCCGAAUUUGCCACCAUUCUCCUACCUCUUGACGAGGAAGGCAUCUGGGAUCCUAAGCUGUUCGAAUGUGGGCUUCGAGAAUUACUCAAGUUAUCGUUGGUGAGACGGGAUGAUCUUGGAACCGCUUUCUACAUUCACCCCCUGGUGCACUUCUGGGCUCAGGACCG